AUGUUCAACUUGUUCCCUGUUCAGAGGGUCGGUUUGAUCUUUGUGAAGCUUUUGGCCCUCACUUCUCGUAAGGAACGAGGAAAGGGCUCAUCUGUCAUUUUCUGUUUGGUGGUUUCUAGUUCUCUUCGGGAUUUUCAUCUUGGUGGGUCUGUUGCUUCUUCUAGUAUACCUGUCCCUGGUUGUGUUAUUCCUAAUUUUGCAUUUUUGGUCUCCUUGUGCUAUUUGAGAUGGCCACAUCAAACACAGUUGAGAGUUUUCAUGUCUUCUAAAACUGCAAAAGCCAUCUUGAAAAAGGUCUAUAAUCAAGACAAUGCUGCAAGACGUUUUCAAUUGGAGAGCGAUAUUGCUAAUUAUUCCCAAGGAAAUCUCUCCAUUCAGGAAUAUUAUUCUGGUUUUCAGAAUUUAUGGGCUGAGUUUACUGACACUAUUUAUUCUAAAGUGCCUGCAGAAUCUCUCCCUGUACUUCAAGAAAUUCAUGAGCAAAGCAAAAGAGAUCAAUUCUUAAUGAAGUUGAGGUCUGAAUUUGAGACACUUCGCUCAAAUUUAAUGAGUCGUGUUCCUUCACCUUCUUUAGAUAUUUGUUUUGGCGAAUUACUUCGCGAAGAACAACGUUUUCUCAUUCAGGACUCUCUCCAACAAGAAAAUACUGUCAAGGUUGCUUUUGCUGCCCAAGGAAGAGGAAAGGGUCAGGACAUGAGUAGAAUUCAAUGUUAUAACUGCAAAAAUUAUGGCCACAUUGCUGCCAAUUGUGGAAAGAAGUUCUGUAAUUAUUGCAAACAGUCAGGACAUGUCAUAAAGGAGUGUCCGACACGGCCUCAAAAUCGAAAAUCAAAUGUUGUCCCAAUUGCACCAAAUAAUCUCACUCAUUUUGCUGCUCCAACAGUUUCUACAACUCCCUCUUCAGCUGCUGAACUUGUGAUUCUUACUCCAGAAAUGGUGCAACAAAUGAUUAUUUCAGCCUUCUCCGCCUUAGGACUACAAGGAUCAGGCAUCGGGGACAGUAAUCGCGAAGGGGCCUAAAGUUGGGAGACUAUUUCCAUUACUAUUUUCCAUUCCUCAUAUAUCUUCAUUUUGUACUACAAUUAUUAGUCAGAGUGAACUAUGGCAUAGACGUUUAGGUCAUCCUAAUCCUGUUAUUUUGUCUCAUUUAUCAAAUUCUGGUUUCUUGGGCAAUAAAGAACUCCUUGCUAAGAUUCCUUUCGAUUGUUCCACAUGUAGACUUGGUAAAAGCAAAACUCUUCCUUUUCCUUCUAAUGGUAGUCGUGCUAUCCAAUGUUUUGAUAUAAUUCAUAGUGAUGUCUGGGGCAUUACGCCCGUUAUUUCUCAUGCUCAAUACAAAUACUUUGUGACAUUUAUUGAUGA